GGAUCAGACAGGGGUUAGCCUCCUGCGGAGUGGGGAAGAGGGCUGCUAUGACUAUCUGAGGCGUCUGUCUCCCCCUUACCCCUUCCAGAGGACCACCAUCAGCUCCCUUCGGAAAAGCCAAGAAACCCCAACUCUCACCCCCAGCCCAGUCUCCCCCGGUGCCCUCCCGGGCUGAGCCAUGACCGACGGGCCGCCCCCGCCCCCGCUCUACCGGAGCAUCUCAUUCAAACGGCUGGAGCGCUGGAGCGGCGGUCAGGGCUCCGACAGGGCGGACUGCUCGGAGGAGACGACCUCCUCGUCCCCAGGGCUCCGGCGGCGGACUCCCGGCACAGGCACCCUGGCGGCCUCCCGACGCGUAUCUAAGCUGGCGUCGGGUGCCACUGGGGCCGCGGCGACGUCCUCCCCGCGGCCCCUGCGCAGCCUCUCGCCAUCCGUCCGCCAGUUGUCCCAGCGCUUCGACAGCGCUGGCCGAGGGUCGCGGAGCAGGAGUCGGAGCCAGAGCCAGCUCACGGGAACUGGCUACCCCAGCGACGAAGAGGCCCACUGGAUGCGGGGCCGGGAGGGGGCGCCGUCGGAGUUCCGCAGGGGCCAGUUCGGGGCCGAAGAAGGAGCUGGAGCUGGAGCCGGAGCCGGUGGGGGCGGACCCGGGUCGGAGCCCGCGGGCCACUGGCCCAGCGUCACGGAGAUGCGCAAACUCUUCGGAGGCCAGAGCUUCAGACGGCCAAGCCCCGAUGGCCUGUGGGGGUCGCCCAGCCCGGCCUCGGCUUCCCCCACCCGAGACGACGGGGCUCAGAGCCCAGAGGAACCCCCUGGCCGCCAGCAGCCGCCUCCACCUCCCCCCAGGACCUGUUUCCCCCUCUCUGGCCUUCGGUCCCCCCUGCCCCGGGCCCAGGCCGAGGGGAGGAGGCAGCAGCAGGCGGAUAGUUCACAUUCUUGGCAUAGUUACUGCCAACCACACGCCGGCCCCCAGGCCUCUGUCUGCUCCUCCUCCUCCUCUCCUGCCACUGCCUUCUAUCCUGUCAGCCGCAGCCUGAGCAGAGGAGAGAGCUCCAGCGAAGAGGAAGAGCAGGCCAGGGGGCCCGGGAACUCUGCUGUCCCCGGCCCAGGGGCCCAGCCCUCUGGAGGUUCGGGCAGUGAAGGAGACGGGUUGAAGGAAGAAGCUAUCCGCCAGGCUUCCUCCUACAGGAAAGAGGCCUCUGCAGGGGGCUGGGACCUGGACAAUGAUGGGUUAAGACCAGGCAGGAUGGACUCCUCUGAACAGACCCCUGAAGGGCAGGGCCCGGACCCCCAGAGGUCAGGAUGUGUCUCGGAGGGCCUCCAGUCUUCCCGAGGGUCACAGGAAGGCCUUAGGCAGCUCACCAGGGGCCUCCCAGAGAGUUUUGGGAGCACUUUCCCCAUGGUCUCCCGCGUAGCCAAGGUGAGCUUCCCACCCUAUGUGGCCAGCCUUGGCCGUCACUCAAGCACGGAGAAGCUGAAGGAGGAGGAUCUUUGGAUCGGCCGAGGCAGUUGGGGCUUGUAUCGCUCACCUAGCUUUGGUGCGGGGGAUGCUUUCCUCAGGCCUCAGGCCCAUGCCCGGCCAAAGCCCCUGGGGUGCAUGGGCAGAGGGCAGAGGGACAGCCCCACCGAGGCUGCAGAGCCGAGCUACAAGGCCAUGGGGCUGGAGAAAAGCCGGCAGCGGAAGUCCCUGUCAAACCCUGACAUUGCCAGUGAGACGCUGACCCUGCUUAGUUUCCUCCGUUCUGACCUCUCUGAGCUGAAGGUCCGUCGGAGUGGCCGGCGACCUGGGGACCAGGAUGGAGCACCACAGAGCUGCUCCGAGGACAGUGAGUUGACAGGCCAUAAGGGACCUCUGCUUGCCCCGGCUAGGCAGGCCCUGGGCACUCGCCCAACCCUCAAAGACCUCACAGCCACAUUGCGCCGGGCAAAAUCGUUUUCCUGCACGGAAACACCCUCCCCUCGGAGGCUCUCCCGGACAGGGGCACUGAAGCCCAGCUCCUCAGAACUGCUCCUUGCAAGACGGAGGGCUGAGGAAGAAGAGGAGGAAGAUGGGCUCCCUGAGGUCGUGCAGGACCAGUAUGUACAAGAAGCCAGGCAAGUAUUUGAGAAGAUUAGCCAGAUGGGGGCCCAGCAGGACGAUGGAGGCUCUCCCCCUGCCCUUCACCUGCCCACAAGCUCUCCUUGCCGGAGAUCCCUGGAGGAAUUGUCAGGCCAUGAGUCCAGUCUGACUGAUGAGGGCAUUGGGACAGAACCUGAACCCACUAAUAUUGCUUCCAGGGGCCUGGGGCCUCUCUCUGAGUGGAAGUCUGGUGAGUUCCCCCUCUCCUCAUCUCGGAUGAAUUCCAGUGGCCCUCCAGCAGAGGGAGGCCGGGGCCCCACCAGUGGGCCUCUGGAUGCUCCAGGUACACCAGGUGCCCUUCGUCGGCGCCGGAAGGGCCCCCCCAUAGGCCUUGGUGGAACAGACCUCAGCAAUGGGGAGGCUGGUGAGGCCUACCGUUCCCUGAGUGACCCAAUGCCUCACCACCGGCGGUCUACCCCAUUUGAGGAGUCCUCAGGCUUCUCUGUAGAUAGCAACUUGCUGGGCUCCCUGGGCCCAAAGGCUGGGCUUCCCACAGCAUCAGCUGUGGCCUUGGCAGAUUGCAGGGCUGGGGGGGCCAGUGACUCUUCCAUUGGCAGUGAUGGCGGGAAGGACUUUCAGGCAGUGAUCCAGAGUGUGGUCCACCAGCCAGGUGCCCUGGGCCGGGCAGCGGAUGAGCGAGUCCAUGGUAGAGCAGCCAAGAAGAAGUCACUGAGUGACCCCAGCCGGCGUGGGGAGCAGGCCGGUCCUGGGUUUGAGGGCCCUGGUGGGGAGCCCAUCCUGGAAGCAGCCCUCCCCCCAGCCAGCAGUGAGCCCACCCUCCUGGAACAUCAGUCAAGUGAACCAGAAAAGACCAGGGCUCAGUCUGAGAGAGUUCUGCCCAAAGCCUUGCCAGCCGCUGCCCCCCUGGAUUUCCACCUUGACCCCAAGCUAGCCGAUGUGCUAUCCCCACGGCUUGCCCGCCGGGGGUCCAAGAAAAGGCCAGCCCGGAGCAGUCACCAAGAAUUCCGAAAAGAGGAAGACACGACCACACUGGGAAGGGCCCAGUCUGGCUCUCGUCAUGUUCGACAUGCCAGUGAACCAGCUGCUUUCAUUCCCAUUGAGGCCCCUGAACCAAUAGCCACAGCCACUGAGACCCCAGGAUCCACAAAUAAGGUCUAUCCAGCCCUUCAGGUACCCUCUCUGGAAGAUGUUACCAAGCAGUACAUGCUGACCCUGCGUUCUAGUGAGUCCCCUGCUCCUGGGCCCACAGAUUCAAGCCGGUCUACUCCAGUCACACCAACCUCCACUGAAGCCAAACCACUGGAGGUGGCCCGGCCCCCAGAAGACCCCAUUCCCACUGAAAGGAGACAGAGCCAAAGCAAACCACAAGUGGACAUGAGAAAACAUGUCAUCAUGACACUAUUGGACACAGAACAGUCAUAUGUGGAAUCCCUUCGGACGCUCAUGCAGGGUUACAUGCAGCCUCUCAAGCAGCCAGAGAAUGCAGUUCUGUGCGACCCGUCCCUGGUGGAUGAAAUCUUUGACCAGAUCCCAGAGCUGCUGGAGCACCAUGAACAGUUCCUGGAGCAGGUGCAGAACCGUGUGCAAGAGUGGCAUACAAGGCAGAAAGUGGGUGACCUGCUUGUGCAGUCGUUCUCCAAAGACAUCCUGGUGAAUAUCUACUCAGCCUACAUUGAUAACUUCCUCAAUGCCAAAGAUGCUGUGAGAAUUGCCAAGGAGGCCCGGCCUGCCUUCCUCAAAUUCCUGGAGCAAAGCAUGCGAGAGAACAAGGAGAAGCAGGCCCUGUCUGACCUCAUGAUCAAACCGGUGCAGAGGAUCCCCCGCUAUGAACUGCUCGUGAAGGACCUCCUAAAACACACACCUGAGGACCACCCAGAUCGGCCAUUCCUGAUUGAUGCCCAUCGGAACAUCAAGCAAGUGGCUGAAAAAAUCAACAAGGGCAUGAAGAAUGCAGAAGAAGUGGAGAGGCAUGCGCGAGUGCUGCUCGAGAUUGAGGCCCACAUCGAGGGCAUGGAAGAUCUGCAGGCCCCGCUGCGGAGGUUCCUGAGACAGGAGAUGGUAGUAGAGGUGAAGGCAGUUGGUGGCAAGAAGGACAGAUCCCUCUUCCUCUUCAGUGACCUCCUGGUCUGCACCACCCUGAAGCGGAAAUCUGGUUCCCUACGGAGAAGUUCAAUGAGUCUCUAUACGGCCGCCAGCGUCAUUGACAUAGCCAGCAAGUACAAGCUACUGUGGAAGCUGCCCCUGGAGGAUGCAGACAUCAUCAAAGGAGCAUCCCAUGCCACCAACCGAGAAAGUGUCCAGAAAGCCAUUAGCCACCUGGAUGAGGACCUUAACACCCUGGGCCAGAUCAGCAAGCUCUCUGAAAGCCUCAGUUUCCCCCAUCAGAGCCUGGAUGAUGUCAUCAAGGAGCUCACGGCAGCUGCCCACCGGGACCUGGCCGAGAAGCAGGCUCUGUGCUACACACUCUCCUUCCCACCCAACAAAGUGGAGCUGUCAGCCACGAGGCCCGAGGGCACGGAUACUUUCAUCUUUGAAUUCCCCCAUCCAGAUGCCAGAGUUGGUUUUGAGCAAGCCUUUGAUGAAGCCAAGCGGAAACUCGCCUCCAGCAAAAACUGUCUGGACCCGGAAUUCCUGAAAGCCAUCCCCAUCAUGAAAACGCGAAGCGGCAUGCAGUUCUCCUGUGCCUCCCCUAGCCACAGUACCUGCGCCGAGAGUGCCCACGAGGUGUGGGUGUGCAACAGCGAUGGCUACGUGGGACAGGUCUGCCUGCUGAGCCUGAGAGCCGAGCCCACCGUGGAGGCCUGCAUCGCGGUCUGUUCUGCCCGCAUCCUCUGCAUGGGGUCCGUGCCUGGCCUGCAGCCUGGUGGAGGAGGUGGAGGGGGCAACAACGGCUUCAGGGAUCAGCCCCCCUCACUGGUAAGCCCGGCAUCUCCCCCAGAGGUGGUGGCCACAGCAACUGCCCUGGAUGAAGGUAGUUCCCAGCCCUGCCUGCACAUCUCCAUCUCGGGCUCUUCCCCAGAGCUGCCCUCGGGGCCCACCAAUAGUAGUCCAGGCCCAGAACUCAUGCCCUUCGACAGUGAUGACUCAGAUGAUGAGUCAUCCCCCAGCCCCUCCGGGACUCUGCAGAGCCAGGCCAGCCGCUCCACCAUCUCCUCCAGCUUCGGCAAUGAGGAGAUGCCCAGCUCCAAAGAGGCUACGGCGGAGACGACCAGCUCAGAGGAGGAGCCGGAACCUGGCUUCCUGCCCCUGUCUGGCUCUUUUGGCCCCAGCGGGCCCCACGGGGGCAGUCCUGUGGAUGGACGGGCCCUUCGCCGCUCCAGCCGCGGGUCCUUUACCCGGGGCAGCCUGGAAGACCUGCUUAGCAUGGACCCCGAGGCCUACCAAAGCUCCAUGUGGCUGGGCACCGAAGAUGGCUGCAUCCACGUCUACCAGUCCUCGGACAGCAUCCGCAACCGCAAGAACAGCAUGAAACUUCAGCACACGGCAGCCGUCACAGCCAUCAUGUACCUGGAUAACCAGGUGUUUGUAUCUCUGGCGAAUGGAGAACUUGUUGUCUAUAACCGGGAGGCAGGCCAUUUCUGGGACCCCCAGAACUCCAAAUCUCUUGUCCUGGGGGGCCCGGGCAGCCCCGUGACCAAGAUGGUGUCGGUGUCAGGGAAGUUGUGGUGUGGAUGCCAGAACAGGAUCUUUGUCCUCAACACGGGCAGCCUGCAGCAGGAGCAUACGUUCCAGGUCGGCUUAGACCCCAAUCGCAGUGUGGCCUGCAUGGUGAACUCCAGCCUGGGCGUCUGGAUUGCCCUACAGAGCACAGCCCAAGUACGACUGUACCACUCGGGUACCUUCGAGCAACUGGCUGAGGUGGACAUCACACCCCCUGUGCACAAGAUGCUAGCUGGCUCGGACGCCAUCAUUCGCCAGCACAAAGCUGCCUGUCUACGCAUCACAGCCCUGCUGGCCUGUGAGGACCUGCUGUGGAUUGGGACCAGUGCUGGGGUGGUGCUCACGAUGCCCACCUCGCCCAGUACCGUCAGCACCCCUCGAGCCCCACUGAGUCCCGCUGGCCUGGUCCAGGGUCACACGGGGCACGUGCGCUUCCUGACCGCUAUUGAGCUCCCCGACAACUUUGACCUCCUCUGCCCUCCGCCAUCCCAUGACGCAAGUCCCGAGAAGUCGGCGCUGCUGGAACGAAGGGAUUCUUCCCGACACCGAGGCUCGGUCCCAGCCCUGGUCAAGCCCAAGAUGCUGGUGAUCAGCGGGGGUGAUGGCUAUGAGGACUUCAGACUGAGCAGCAGUAGCAGCGAGACCGUGGGGCGGGACGAUAGCACAAACCACCUCCUCCUGUGGAGGGUGUGACCCGGACACGAUCCCGCACCCCCGCCGCCACCCCGCUCUGCACCCGUGUGUGCACCUGUGGGCCUUGGGCUGACUGGUGUGUGGGCGUCCUGGGCACAGGCAUGUGGCCCCACAAAGGACUCGCGUCUGGAACACACCCGGCCGGGUUGCGCCCAACGUCUCCCCUCGUGGCAUCCCCCAUCCCCUGCUCCAUGUGCAUCUGGAGACCACACACGUGCAUGAGAACGGAUCGCAUCCAGGGAGGCCUUGGCCUGCGGGGCAGCAGGAUGCCAGCCGCUGCCAGCCCCAGCCUCCUCACCUUGCCCUCACUCUGUGUUCCCAGGGUUGCCCUGAUUCCCUCCUUGUCCAGGUAGCCCAGGCCCCAUCACACUUCCUUGGGGCAGAGGGAAGGCACUCAUCCUUGGGCAGCCACGGGCCAGAGGGUUAUGUGCAAUAUUGCAAGUGCUUCCUGGAGGCUGUGGGUAGAGUAGGGGAGGUAGCCCCACAGGGCCAACAACAGGGGGGAAAGGGUGAGUGGAGCCCAAGCUGGUGGCUAGGGAUCAGAGGAGGAGGCGUGGAGGGCACUCCCCAUGUGUACAGUAUUUAUGUAUAUUUUUAGACGCUCGUGGUAACUCCCAGAGCACUUAUUUAUGCCCCAGUCCAGCCUAGCAAUCAAAGGAGGAAGGGAGGGAGGGAGGGAGGGAGGGAGGAAGGGAGGGCAAGAUUUGGGGGCAAGAAACACAGAAUCAUCCCUUCCUCUAGAGGGAUGUUGAGUUCGUGCCUGAAACGGACCUUCCUGAAGGGAGCAGAAUGUCCUAGUCCCCCGUAGUCCCCAUCCCCACCUCUGUCCCCACACAAUAGUUUUGCACAUUCACAACACCUUCCCUCCUGGACCCUCCAAACCCACUCAGUCCCUCUCCCACCCCCGAAGGCACAGCUUCACAGACCCCUCCUGGCACAUGCAGCCCACCAUUCGUGGCAAUUCAGGACUGGAGAAAUGAAUGCCACUUGGCAUCAUACCCUGCUAGAAUCUGAAACAGUUGUGGAUCUGGAGCCUGAGAACCUCGAUUCAAAUUCUAGAGGCAGCUAGGUGACGCAGUGGAUAGAGCACCGGCCCUGGAGUCAGGAGUACCUGAGUUCAAAUUCGGCCUCAGACACUUAACACUUACUAGCUGUGUGACCCUGGGCAAGUCACUUAACCCCAAUUGCCUCACUAAAAAACAAAAAAACAAACAAAUUCUAACUCUGUGCUGUGACUGUGAGUCACCUUUCUAUCUCUGGGCCUCAGUUUCCUCCUCUGUAAACUGAAGGGAAACUAGACUAGGUGAUCUCUAAGGUUUCUUCUAACUGUGGAACCUGCGCUCCACUGAUUCCACUCUCCCUUAUCCAGACCUAGAAGCUGGUCCUAUUCCCCAUUAUCCAUGAUACAGUGUCCAAGAAGGCUCCGUUCCGUUUUCUAGACCCCCUCUCCUAUCACUGAGGGAUGGGACUGGGGAGGGAGGAUCAAUUGGAAUCUUAAGCCUCAGUUCUCCAGGAGUUCCGUGUAUAAAUUCUCCAGGUUCUUUCCUCCACCCUGAGCCAUUUUCCUGCUCAUUGGCAGCUUUUCAUUGGUUUAUGUUGUUUGGAAUAAGGAAGACGUUUGAGAGCCCUGGAUGGAUCAGGGAGGCAGCUAAUGAUGAUGAUGAUGAAGAAGUCUCUGGGUUAUCCAGGAUUUAUCCAGGUCACACAAUGAGUUCCACAUGGGUUAUCUUGAGGUUUCCCAGCCCUGGGCUAAUUGACCAUUGGCCAGGUUAGGCAGAAAGGGCCUGGGAACCUUCUGGUGCCUUUCCCCUCCAGGCUCAUCUGAGCCCUUAGCCCCACUCCCAUCAUGCUUGCACACUGUAGCAUCUGGUACACUGGCACAUAUGAUGACUAGGGGACAGGGGAGAGGGACCGAUGGAGUCAAGAACCAAAAAUGGAAGUCCCAAGCUCCCUCUCUCCCACCCCGGACUCUAACCACUGAACCUCCUUCCCUCUUGAAUUCUCUCCAUCCUCACAGACUGAGCCCUUUCAGGAAGAUAACCUCCUAGUCCCUUCUACUUCCAUCCCCAAAGCAGAGUGAAUCUGAUGGGGCCUCUUUAAGGGACAUGGGAGGGAGUGGUUUGGAGGACCCAGAUGUACCCCCUGUCCAGCCCCAGCUCCCCCACCCACUCACCUUCCGGGAGAGAGCCUGACCUCCCUACUGCCUGCAUUCUCCAAGCUGUAACUCCAAAGGUUUCACCCCCCCCCCAACCUGGGGACUCUGGCUUGUCAUGUCCAGGUUUCGGGAGGACGAGGGCUGGGGACACGGGUUCAAGGUCCUGUUUUUCUCACUACCAAAUGACCAUGUAUUAACUCCAUGGAUGAUGAAGUUUCAAACAAGUCAAUAAACAGAAACACAAAGAAAAAUGGACACAUCUGGGGCAAGGUGGGGGGAGAGGUGGUGCAGGAGCCCUGGUUUAUUCCCGCCCCCCUGUUGUGGACACAGGGCUGACAGGCAUCAGAACAGACAUGCCAUGGGGGAUAUGAGAGGACCCACUCUGCUCUCUGGUCACUGUCUCUUUGAGAGGUGACUCCCUCCUUCAAUGGAGAUAGGGAGUCUAAGAAUCCCAGCUUUGUCACUCACUACCCAGGUGACCUUGGUCAAAUCCUUUCUCUUCUCUGGGCCUCAGUUUUCUUAUCUGCAAAAUGAACAAUUUGAACUAGAUCAGGGGUCCUUCACCUGGGCUUUAUGCAUAUGUGGAUAAAUUUUAGGGAAACUGAACUCACAUGGAAAAAAUUGUA